AUAAAAAAUGAGUGAUCAAAGGGUUAAUAAUUACAAGUAGUAAUGUCCCGCCAACAACUAGACACUCUUGUCUCUGAAUAUCUCAGAGAGCAAGGACUCAACUCAACUUUACAAUCAUUCCUAGACGAGUCUCGUCAAAAGGGAAGAGACUUACCUUUACUGCCCCACCACUCCUCGUCCUGGACUAACAAUGAUGACGAAAAACAGGAAACUAGACUACAGAUACAAUCAGACAUGUUGGUCUCGUUUGAAUGUGGUGAGCGUGACGCUUUCUUUGAACUAUGGCAACAGGCCGUACCCAUCGCCAUAUAUGGAAGUGACCACGCCUACCAGAACCUGGAGUUCUAUCUCUCCCUUUACUUUACAAUAUAUCCUUUCAGAUACGAGGUAGGAGACAGACAAGGUGCCCUGAGGUAUUUCCAGUCUUAUCUCAACUCGAGAGGUGAUCUAUUGGCUCAAGCUCCUGACCUCACGGUUUAUUGUGCCCUCCCUUACAUUCCUGACCCCUCAACCCACUCCUCAUUUCAACACCUCUUCACUGAGUCUUGGAAUAAAGAGUUACGUUCUCGGUUGGAGCAUUUUCUUGACUUUUCUCUCCUAGGACAUGCCACGCCUACCAAGCCCCGCCCUUCUCUUCUUGAUCUCUUUAAACAGCAGCAACAAGGAUCGGCUGGUUCUGAUGUUAUCGUAUUAAAGAAAAGAUUAGAAGAAUUACAGUCGAGCUAUGAAGCAGUUGCCAGCAUUGCAAUUGAAUUAGUCGAAGCACUAGAGAGUUCUAUAUCAGGAAAUACACUCAGUACUGAUUACAUUGAGGAUAUGUGUUCGCGAUUGUUCCAACUCUCGGGUCCUUUUCAAGUUCCUCCCACAAAUCCCGAAAACCAACCCGUAUCUAAUUUGCGGGCGUCUGUUGUCUCCUUGAGACAGAGUAUGCAGACUCCGUUGUUUCCAGCUGGAGUUCCUCCUAGCAUUCCUGAGAGAUAUUCUUCAUUGAAUUACGGACAAGUUAAAGUUGAUCUCCUAUCACUUCCUAGUGUUAAUAGAUGUGCUUUAUUGCAGGCACUGAGAUGGAGGCUCACCCAUUCAGUCCCUGGCCCACAGAGAGAGGCUGUCAUCAAAGAAUACUUACAACACGAUCUACUUUCACUUAGGACGGACCUCAACUUCACUGCAACAUUAUUAUCAUCAGAUCUGAGGGUAAAGGAGAGUUUCUGCCGAUUAUUGAACAGUUUCUCUUCUUUGAGACAAGGGAGGGACUACCUCCAGUACAGUCAACACUUUGUUCAUUCUCUCUGUGUGUUACUAAUGUCACUCAAAGAGGACGACCAUCUUUUAAAGAACUUAUUGGGAACCGUACAAAAACUAAGCCUAAGGCGUCCACUCCAGUCUCACAUGAUAUCCAUUGGGUUAAUAAAAUGGACGGUGGAGCAGUUGAGUGACGUUGACAAGAUGUCUGACUAUGUUCUGAGAUAUUCACUUGCUCUUUUCAUGAACCUUUGUCUUAGGAAGGAGGGUAAGCAGCAGUGUGUCUCACUUCUACCAGUUCCACUUCAUGUUCUCAGCGACAUCAUUGAGCAUGAGAACACUGAAGUCCGCUCGUACAUCAAUGGUAUACUGUAUAGUUUACUGGAGUUACCUGAAAUACGUCAAGCAGCUAAUGAUAUGGAUAUGAGUGAGGUAUUGGAUUCAGCCAUGAGAGUGAAUCCUCCUGAACUCCAGAGUCAACUGAAGUUUAUACUGGACAGGCUAAGAUCGACAUCAAGUGAUAAUGAUGACGUCGAAGGAACUAAAAACGGAGAAGAUGAAAGCGAAGAAGAAGAAGAGGAUGAUCCUGAUGUUCUUGAUGGUGAUGAAGAUGAGAUUGAAUUCUCAGUAACUUCUGGUGAAGAUUUAUUGAGAAGCUACUACAUUAGCAACAAGAUUCCCAAUGGUGCCACUGGUCAUACUGUUGGUACACCAUUGAGCAGACCUGUCACUCCACUAAUGCAAUCGAUACACUUCUCACCAAGAUCCUAUUCCGCUCAAAGCUUUGUUGCUAGGGUUCUGGAGAAGUCAUUUGAUGGAUCGUCUGGAGGAAUGACAGCUGGAUCUGUUACAAACCGCCCACACACGACCCCACGCUCAUAAAUGAAAAGACAUUCUAUAGCAUUAGCAUAUAGUAUCACUUACAGCCAUUAGACUUGUACAUGUAUUUAGAAAAUAA